UUUCCCGAGUUUCCUUUCAUUUUAAUACAGAAAAAAAGUAUUAAAUAUACUUUUCUAAGUGAAUACAAGAAGAUAAAUUGUUUAUUAGUUGUAUUUCGUUUAUUGUGAACGGUGUAUUUGAUAAAUAUAGAAAAAAAAAUUUCAUCACACCUGACGAUAGUCUCUUAGAGGCCCCAAAGAAAAGUUUAUUAAUAUCCAGAAAAUCCCAAGUAUAAUUAAAGAAGUGAAUUUUUCAUUAUAUUCCGUGAGAAGAUUCCGUGGGAAGAAGCCCCAAUCCAUAAUAUCUCAAAUAUUUAAGUAAACAGCAAAGAAAAUUAGCAUCGCAUUUUGUAAGGGCGGAAACUCAAGUGGUCACAAAUUCAACGAUGGACAAACGUAAAGGGAAAAAGUCGCCAGUAAAAGGAAGGAGUCGAAGUGAACGAAAGAAAUCUGUACCUGCUAAAUACCAAGAUACACAGGAAAAAAAGAAAACUGCUAAGCCAACUGCGUCCCAAUCUGUAAAGGAGCUCAAAUUGAUGAUGCAAAAAACAUCAACAGCAGAACAUGAAGCUGGUAAAAUCGCUCAUUCUGGAGCUUCAAAUUUCGAUCCUGAGUACCAGUAUGCAGCAUCAUCUCAAACUCUUGAGAUUGAGAAUAAAAUGGCGUUGCGCAAAUUGGCGCACGAAUUGUCUACGCCAAUGGGUCCGAGGACUCCCGCAAUGGUGACAUUACCAAACACUUCUUCUGUGGAUCCUGGAUAUAUAACUAACCAGGAUUAUCAAUCAUUGAUUGACAACCGAACGAGUCGCUUCCAUGAGGGAAAUAAUCAACUCACGGCGUAUAGUCAGUAUGGUUCGACACGACCAAUACAAAAUAUUGAUCAUACGAGGAAUGUUUUGCAACCAGGUACAGUGACUCCCGUCGUAAUUCCUAACUACCAAACAAGUCUCUUCCAUGAGGGAAAUAAUCAACUCACGGCGUACAGUCAGUAUGUUUCAACUCAGCCAAAACAAAUUGAUCAUACGAGGAAUCUUUCGCAACCAGAUACUGAAACUCCGGAUCGAGAUUCUGAGCCAUCAAGUGAGUUCCUCGGGGCCAAUAGCAUAUCAAAGAGUGAAUUACCAUUCGUUGGUGGUACCGAAGUUCUUUUUGGAGAUCAGAGUCUUCGUCUCGGUCUUCGGUGA